UUUAUAGGUAGUAGUUUAAGAAUCAAGCAUGGCAAUGAAGCGUUGGUCAGUAAUGAUAGCGAUGAUGUUAGUUUUGCAGCAGCAGAUGUUGAUAUGUAGAGCCCAACUAUCCUCACACAACCCCUACGCCACAUCUUGCCCCAAAGCUCUCACCACCAUCAAAGCUGCUGUCUACUCAGCUAUUCUCAAGGACCGCGGCAUCGGAGCUUCCUUGCUCCGCCUCCAUUUCCACGACUGCUUCGUCAAUGGAUGCGAUGCAUCGGUUCUUCUAGAUGACACCCACAGUUUCACCGGAGAGAAAACCGCAGGCCCCAAUAACAACUCGCUGAGGGGCUUUGAGGUCAUCGACUCCAUCAAGUCCCAGCUCGAAGCCAUCUGCCCUCAACUCGUUUCUUGUGCCGAUAUAUUGGCCCUUGCUGCCCGCGAUUCUGUUGUCGCGUUGAGUGGACCUUCUUGGGCUGUUCAGCUAGGGCGGAGGGAUUCCACCACCGCCAGUUACGACGCUGCCAACUCAGAAAUCCCGUCUCCAUCCUUGGAUGUAGCCGACCUCAUCUCCGCCUUCUCCAACAAAGGCUUUACACCCAAAGAACUGGUUGCCCUUUCAGGCGCUCACACAAUAGGGCAAGCAAGAUGCUCGGUGUUCCGAGGGCGCAUCUACAACGAGAGCAACAUCUACGCCUCAUUCGCCACCUCCCUCAAAUCCAACUGCCCCUUAAACGGCAGCGACGACACUCUCUCCCCCCUCGACUCCACCAGCCCGGUCUCGUUCGACACUUCCUACUUCAAGAAUCUGCAGGCCAACCGUGGCUUACUGCACUCCGACCAGGAGCUCUUCAGCGGUAGCGCUUCCACCGACACUCACGUCACCGCCUACACUAAUAAUCCGCCGGCAUUCUUCGCCGAUUUCGCCACUGCCAUGAUCAAGAUGGGGGGCCUCAGCCCCCUCACAGGAACCGACGGUCAGAUCCGAACCAACUGCAGGAAAAUCAACUAAUCAGAUUUAAUUACCAACUCAAUUAUAUCAUAAUUAUAAAAAUAAGGGAUUUGAAUGAGUGAAGAGUGAUUUUAAUCUUAUAUAUGUAGUGAAGCCGGAAGCUCAAGAAAGCAACAAUUUGUAUUAUAGUUAUGCUUGUUAAUUGUUAUAGUAUUAUGUACUUGUGGUUUGAUUUAUGAGAAGGUUUCUCAUUCAAUGAUUUA